GUCCCCAAACAGAACCUCCUCCAUUCACAACUGCCAGCCAAAAGCUCUACCCUGUUCCCCAUUUCCCCUUGUCCCCUGAGUUACCUUCCGGGACUUUUGGAGCAGAGCACCAUGGGGACUCCAAAGGAUCAGGCAGUGCUGCAGGCCAUCUUCAAUCCUACUUCCCCAUUUGGAGAUGUCAUUGGCUUGGACCUAGAAGAAGCAAAGAAAGAAGAUGAAGAUGGAGUUUUCCCUCAGGCACAGCUGGAGCAGGCCAAGGCCCUGGAGUUGCAGGGAGUGAGGGCCGCCGAAGCUGGGGACCUCCACACAGCCCUGGAGAGGUUUGGCCAAGCCAUUUGCCUGCUACCUGAAAGAGCCUCUGCCUACAACAACCGAGCCCAAGCCCGGCGGCUCCAGGGGGAUGUAGCAGGCGCCCUGGAGGACUUGGAGCGCGCGGUGACAUUGAGCGGCGGCCGGGGUCGUGCUGCCUGCCAGAGCUUCGUGCAGCGCGGGCUGCUGGCGCGAUUGCAGGGCCGGGACGAUGACGCCCGCAGGGACUUCGAGCAGGCGGCGCGACUGGGCAGCCCGUUCGCGCGGCGCCAGCUGGUCCUGCUCAACCCGUACGCCGCGCUGUGCAACCGGAUGCUGGCCGACAUGAUGGGGCAGCUGCGCGCGCCCAGCAAUGGGCGCUGAGCGCGGCCGCGGGAUGAUGGAGAAGGGGAACCCUGACCCAACCAGGACCCAAUAAAACUUCCUGGACU